AGAAUAGUACAGACCACACUAUACCUACUCUGUCUAUGCGCCGCCGGAGCCAUCGUCGGCAUCUACGGCUACUUCCUCUCAUACCUCACGCAGCACAAACUCCCUAUCUCUGCUUCAUCAAAAGCUAUCGAAGGAAUCUCAAGCGCUGCCGUUCUCUACACCUUGAUCAACGCAAUCUCGACUUGUUUUCUUGGCGGCCAUCCUGUACUCGCUAUAAUCAGCUUUAUCCUGGAUACAUGCUUCGCUGGGGGUUUCAUAGCUAUUGCUGUUUUGACUCGACGGAGUGUUUCCUCUUGCAGUGGAUAUCUGCAUACGCCUCUGGGAAGUGGGGUUUCCUAUAGCACACCUCCUAGCAGACAAGACCGAGCAGGUAGAGUGCCGUACUUGUGGUUCGUCUGCAGUCUAGACAAAGCGGGUUUUGCGGUCUCGAUUGUUGGUAUUGUUAUUUUGGUUACCACGGCUAUCAUGCAGCUCCUACGCUUCAGA